AUGGCCACCGCAAUGGGGAAACGCCUCGACGGCAAGACCAUAGUUAUUACCGGUGCUUCAUCGGGUAUUGGACGUAGCACAGCUCUGGAAUUUGCGCGCACCUCUCCCAAGAAUCUGCGACUGAUUCUUACGGCCAGGCGGAUCGAUACACUGAAGGAGGUCGCGGCGGAUAUCAAGAAGGAGGUCGGAGAGGGUGUUAAGGUCUUGCCGUUCAAGCUUGAUGUCAGUCAACCAGACGAAGUACGGAGCUUCGUAGGGAACCUGCCAGAGGAGUGGAGGAACAUCGAUGUGCUGGUCAACAACGCUGGGCUUGUCAAAGGUGUUGCAAAGGCACCUGAGAUUGAAGAAGCGGACCUAAAUGUCAUGUUUGCUACCAACGUUACGGGUCUCAUCAACAUGACCCAAGCUGUCCUUGCGAUUUUCAAGAAGAGACCUGAGGGCGGUGCGGGCGAUAUCAUUAAUAUCGGCAGUAUUGCUGGACGGGAACCAUAUCAGGGUGGAAGCAUUUACUGUGCUAGCAAGGCUGCAGUCAGGAGUUUUACAGAUGCUCUGCGGAAAGAGUUGAUUGCUACUCGCAUUAGGGUUAUUGAAAUUGAUCCUGGUCAGGUUGAAACUGAAUUUUCAGUCGUCAGAUUUUAUGGGGACAAGUCCAAGGCCGAUGCUGUCUAUGCUGGAUGUGAACCUUUGACUCCAGAUGAUAUCGCCGAAAUAGUUGUCUUCACUGCCGGACGAAGAGAAAAUGUUGUUGUUGCGGAUACUUUGAUCUUCCCCAACCACCAGGCCGGGACCGGAGGAGCGAUGUACAAGAAGAGCGACUAA